UUUCUUUCCUAUUUCUCCCUUUUCGACUAUUGUUCGUGCCGCUUUUCUGCCUUUGUGAUUCCCAAUACCUAUACUUUCUUCGAAUUGGAUUUAUCAUGUAGAUUCAGUUGACAGUGUGGAUUCUUUUGAUUCAAAUACUGGCUCUCUCUCUCUCUCUCUCUCUCUCUCUCUCUCUCUCUCUCUCGCUCCUGGUUUGAUGCACUAAACGAUUAUUUCCGUUGUUAAAUUUGAACUUUGGGACGUAAAGCUUCGGGCUUUGUUGGCGUGUUCUCGUUGGAAUGGUUCAAAAAUUGAUCAGUGAUCAUUUUCUAGUUGCCUUAGUUUUAAUUGUUUUGUUGAAAACCGGAAACAAAAAGAGAACAACUUGUAUUGAGAAUUCCUUUUGUCUCUGUUAUGGUUAUCCGAGCACUGCAAUUUAUUGUGUUUCCAGAGCUGGAACUCAUUCUACUGGUAGUAAAUGUGAUACGGCGUUUUGUUUACUCUGCAAACUAGUGUUUUGCUUCUAUAAAUUUGUUAUCUUAACCUGGCUUUUUCUAAACAACUUGCAUUUUCACUUUACUAUAAAAUGUUUCAUUUAUUUGUGAUACUGGCCGUGUAUUAGUUCAAUGGAGUUGCCUCCACUCAAUGUCAAAUGUCACGGCUUUUCAUUAUAGACAUUUUUGAGUUCACAUCAAAAUCGUAGUCACAAAUUGACCGAGCUUGAUUGGUUCAUUUACCUUUAAGGAAUACAAAUUCCUGAUUCCCGCUUUCUCUGUGUCAUGGCCUUUCAGAGGCUGCAGAAACUGAGGACUUUAAUUAGAGAAACAGAAAAUGCCUAUCUUUGACAUCUAAUAAUUUUCUGCCAAAGCUGCUGCAGGUAAUCAAUCUGGUCAUUGAUGUGGCCCUUAUAUUCUAUAUUCAGCAAAAAUCUUAAAACAGAAGAUGAAAAAGAACUAAAAGGAGAUAUGUCAGGUGCAAUAGAUCCCUACCUGUUUCAGCAGCCAUCAAUUAACAUGGGUUGCCAUCCUCCUGCCUUACCCCGCUCGCGAUUUGUUGAAGUACCUCACAUAAACCAAUCAUACACAUGGGAUUGUGGUCUUGCUUGUGUAUCGAUGGUUUUGAAAACCAUUGGCGUCAACAAUUGCAAUAUCCAAGAACUGGCUGAACUAUGCUGCACAACUAGCAUUUGGACUGUUGAUUUGGCGUAUCUGCUACAGAAGUUUUCUGUCCGUUUUUGCUACUUCACAGUAACUUUUGGUGCAAAUCCAAACUAUUGUGUUGAAUCAUUUUACAAGGAGCAAUUACCUAAUGAUCUGGAGAGAGUUGAUAAGCUAUUUCAGAAAGCAGUGGAGGCUGGAAUUAACAUACAGUGUAGAUCACUUAGAGGAGAAGAGAUUUCUAGUCUAAUAUUGUCUGGGAAAUACAUUGCUAUUGCAUUAGUUGACCACAACAAAUUGAGUCAUGUGUGGCAAGAAGAUGCUCCAGUCCCGGCCAUCUUCUGCGACAACUCUGGCUACACAGGUCACUAUGUGUUGAUAUGUGGGUAUGAUGCUGGGGCAGAUAUGUUUGAGAUUAGAGAUCCUGCGAGUUCUAAGAAACACAAGAGGAUAUCUUCAAAGUCCUUGGAAGAAGCCCGCAAAUCCUUUGGUACAGAUGAGGAUCUUCUCUUGAUAUCUUUGGCGAAGAGCAAAAGCCAACAUCAAUCUUGUGCGGUUCUGCCCGUUGAUGUCAAUACUUAUUCCUGAAAUUCCUUUUCCCUCUGAUGCAAUGGUUUUGCCAAUCAGAUUACUUAAUGUCAUGAAUAUCCUACACAUUCCUUGUUUAUAAUAGGUGCUUGAAGGGAAAGUGCGGGCCACAUUAAAUGGUUUAUUCUGGGCUGUUGGGAUAAUAUAGAUAGGCAUGAUUUACACUCACCAGUACAGCAAUUGUAAUUGAUUCAUUCUCAUGUUAUGUAAAGCUUGUAUUCUUUCUCAGAAACAUAUGUGGCAACUGUGAUGUUGUAAAAGGAAAUUAUAUCACUCUUCCUGAAAUAAAUAAAUGGUUAUAAUUAAUUGAA